AUGGCGAGCCAACAACCCCCGCAAGGGCAGAACCCUUUUGGUAUACAGCCGGGACAGCAACCUACACCAGAGCAAAUUGCUGCGAUGCAGCGACAAUUAGCAAUCGAUGCGCAGAAAAAUGGCAUGACGGUCCCCGAAUUCGUUGAGAAAUUGAAGGCGCAGGCGAGGGCCCAACAACAGGCUGCUCAGCAGCAAGCUGCACAAGGCGGACAGCAGCAGGCGCAACAAGAACAGCAGCCCAUUACUCCAGGCCCACCCAGUCCGGAGGCGCUCGCCGUCGCUUCGUUUCUCAAGAGUCAGGAUCUAAAAGUACGAACGUGUAUUUUGAACGGGCAGAGAAAAGACAUGUUCAAGGUCAAACGUGCACUUCGAGCGCUUCAAUCGCCAGCGUACACCAAAGCCCGGAGUAAGAACCCGCUACUCCCAGAAAUCACAGAUAGACCAUCUCUUGAGAACUGCUUCAAAUUGCUCCCCAUGUCUCUCCUCGCCCUUCGAGUAUCCAAGGUUGAUCCUCACGAAGGACACGAUCAUGCCCCGGGAGCACACAAGACAAAGCGAGUUAAGGGGUUGUGGACCGUGAAAAUUGAGCAACAACAAGAAUGUCGAGAAGACCUCCAUUUUGUCUGGCUAUGGGAAGGGUCGCAAAUCAAGCAAAAACUAUAUGCGGUCGGCGCCUUGGCAGUCAUAUUUGCUAUCGUUCUGUUCCCUCUUUGGCCAAUGAAGAUGCGUCUCGGAGUGUGGUAUUUGAGUAUGGGUAUGCUCGGUUUGAUCGGAUUAUUCUUUGUCAUGGCCAUCUUCCGGCUUAUACUUUUCGCAAUUACGAUGUUUGUUACCCCACCUGGAUUAUGGCUCUACCCGAAUUUGUUCGAGGACGUGGGAUUCUUCGAUAGUUUUAGACCACUUUGGGGUUGGCAAGAGGAGAAGAAGAAAAAGAAGAAGUCGAGGGCUACUGGAUCUGCGAGCGCGGGCGCAACUAUGGCAGCAAUGACAGGUCAACCCGCUCCAGCCUCCGCUACUACUACAGGUGCUGCUCCUCAAAUUUCCACGGGCUCUACCCAACAACGAAACCUCGCUCCCCGAGUAGAAGAAGUCUUUGACGAUAAAGAUUAG